AUGGCCUCGCCCGACGGCUCCCACUCCUGCCCCCCCGCCGCCACCCGCGCCCGCGCCCCCAUCCGCCGUUGGUUCGCCACGGCGAUGGAGAGGCUGCGCUUUGGCCGCCGCCGCCGCACUUCGCCCCCACAGUGCUUCGCCCGCUCCUCCUCCUCCACCAGCACCACCUCCUCCUCCUCACUCGGCUUCCGCGCCGCCGCCGCCGCCGCCAACCCGCCGCGCCCCGCCCCCGCCGCCCGACCCCAUCCGGCGCCCGCGCCCGCGCACCGUGCCGCUCUCCGAGAUCGCGGCCAGCCGAGCGCUGGUGUCAUGGCUGCCGCCGAGCCAGCGGCAAUGCACGCUCUGCCGCAAGCCGUACGACGGCGCCGUAAGUCCCAUCUCCAGUACAUCCUCACCAUUUUCAACAACACGCUACACUUACCCUUUACCUUCUCUGCAACAGAACUCCGACCUCGAGCGCCGCACGCCGUGGGAGGAGAGGGAGCUGGCCGUCCGGGUGCCCGGCUGCGCGAAGAAGCCCGAGAGCCGGGCGCACGUCGUGGGACGGCGCUGUCUGGAGCGCUGGGUCGCCGUGUCGGGCAGCCCGCAUGCGUGUCCGCUGUGCGCCUUCAGCGGACGCUGAGCAGCCGCGGCUCCUGGAUUGGCUACGCUCGCCGUCUCCUCCCCGGCCGGCAUGCCUUCAAGGAGAACACAGGCACAAGCGGGAGCUUUGGGAAUACAUCAAGUCGCAAUAUGCAGCCCGUGGCGAUCUCGUCUUUACAGGUUCGAACGCGCUGGUUGCAUCACCCCACAGGAUUCCGCCGCCUACAGUGGAGUACCGAAGGAGCUGCAGUACGUUGA